AUGUACACGGUUCAAGCUCGUGCAUUUAAUUUGAUUGGAAUGGGCCCAUGGUCUACAAGGAUCUCUGUGACGACCGAUCCGGUAUCGCCUGGAGUCAUCAAUUUUGAAGAAGGCGCAGUCGACAUUCGUGAAGAUGCUGGAUCAGUGACGCUUACUCUAAUUCGCUCCAUGGGUGGCUUCAUGCCUGCUACUUGUACAUUCUCCACGAUAGACGGAACGGCAAUAGCUGGUGAUCAUUACGUCCAAUCGAGUGGUCAAGUCCACUUUAUUCGGGGCACAAAUCUCCAGCAGAUAACUAUCCCAAUCAAAAACAACGACGUGAUCGACGACCCAGAUAAAUAUUUCUCAGUCUCAAUCGAGGAGUAUAAUGGCGAAUCUGGAGCUAUUGGAGACAUCUCGGCGGUGAAUGUUACCAUCACUGACGAUGGAGACGCUGGUGUAGUAGCAUUCGAGAAAGAGCACUAUAUUGUUUCCGAAGCCGUGUCGACACUUUCUGUAACAAUCGUAAGGUCAAGACAAUUCAGUGGAAACGGAACCUUCGUGAUUAUACCAGUAUUUUCUGGCGACGGUGCAGUCGAAGGUGUUGACUACAAAAUUCCAAACACAUCGGUGGCAUUUUCCGACCAGGAGACACAAGUGUCAUGUAACAUUACAAUUAUUAAUGAUUUAACCUAUCAAGAACGAAAGCUGCUCAAAUUGAAGCUGGACGUGUCACAAAUACCUUGUCUGUCGGGGACCAGUGAAUUAAGUGAUGUGUUCGUUGCGACCACAACGUUCUUGACAUUCCCGGAUGAAGCGCCAAACCUCGUUGCAGUGUCGCGAACUGGAGGAUCAGUCACACUUUCCUGGACGCAGCCUGUGGAUUUUGGUGGAACAGACAUAACAGCCUACGAUGUGGCAUUUUUCUUGGGAUGA